UUAAAACUACAAAAAGUAUUUAUUUUAGUUAACGCUUCCUCUCCUGAGGUCACCUCCCUUUGUAGCCCCGCCCACCUCCCUCUCUAGCCCCGCCCCUCCCUGCAGCUGAUUGGCUGUCAGCACAGGCUCAGCAGGACAGACCUGUUUCUCCUGAGGUAAGUGAACGCCUCACACACACACACUGUAUUCUCCUGUAUUCCCCAGGUGUGUGUGUGUGAGAGGAGCUGCCAUCCACUGACAGGAAGUACUUCAUACUUUAGUAGCAGCUUCAGGAAAACAAAAAUGACAAGACAACCAAGGUGGUUUCUGUGGUGUCUGCUGCUGGUUCCGGUCGUCCUGCUCAUCACUCUCUCCCUGCAGCAGUACAGCAGCUCAGUGCAGACUAUCAAAGAGGAGUUCCAUCGGGUGUUAGGUCAGAACAAGAAGAAGGGAACACCUGAAGUGAGGCCCUGCCCUCAGAGAUCUUGUCCUCAGGAUCAGUUCAGCUUCCUGCUUCAGAGCGGAGCCGCCAACGUCGUGGCACCAAAGAUCUGCUUCCAGAACAAACUGAUCCUGGGGAUGGUCCUGAAUAACGCUGGAAAUGGAAUAAACGUGGUUAUAAUAAACGGUCGGACAGGAGACACAUUGAAGACAGAUUUCUUCAAUAUGUACAGCGGUGAUGUGAAGCCUCUGGUGGCGCUGCUGCAGGGCGUGGAGGUGGGCUCCGUGGUUCUGAUGGCGUCCUACGAUGAGCCCGCCACCAAGUUGAGCGACGAUGCCCGGCAGCUGAUAUCGGAGCUCGGCAGCGUUUCGGUGAAAUCUCUGGGCUACAGGGACGCCUGGGUGUUUGUGGGGGGGAAAGGAGCCUCCAAGGACGGGACCAUGGAGAAGCACUCAAAGAGCAAUAAAGAGACAAAUACAUACGACGAGUGGCCCGAGCUGGUGGAGGUGGAGGGCUGCAUCCCAAAGUACCUGGGCUGAACAUCUGCAGGAGGGACAGAGGACACUUUGUAUAAAAAACAUCUCACACUCCUAUUCGGAAAGUCACAAAGAUGUUUGUGUGUUUAAUAUUUCCUGUUAUAUUCAAGGCCCUCAACAUGAGACACCAAACAUAUAGAGACACACAAUGACGUAGACAGGACACAAAACAACCACAAAGACACACACAAUGACCACAAAGACACAAAACAACACACACAAUGACCACAAAGACACACACAAUGACCACAAAGACACAAAACAACACACACAAUGACCACAAAGACACAAAACAACACACACAA